AAAUACACAAAAAAAGGCAAAAAAAAAAAACACAACGAAUCGAACCCCAACACAUAGACAUACAACACUCAACACACAACCGCCACACAAUCGACAUCCCUAACAACAGGCCCCCCACAGAAAACAGUCCAAUUCGGGAUUGACUGGAGUGUGGAGUGUGGCUCCGUAUAGCAAACAAACAAUAAAUUUUCUUCCUUUUCAACAACCAAAAAGGAUCUCUUCUCUUUUGCUGGCUCUGUUUUCGAGUGUAUACACAGAACCCAAAGCUAGAACCAGACCCAGAGCCACCUUCUUUUUAUACAACACACAUCUCGUUUCUACAAAAAAUCCUCGCUACAUACAUUUUUUCCUUUGCUUCGUGCUGCUGCUUGCUUAAAAGAAAAAAAGGGGAGGCAAAAAAUCACAUCACGGUAUCCUUUUUUUCCGAGAAAAUAUAUAAAAAACGCCACCGCAGCACUCUCCCAAAAAAAAAAUUCAGGACGAAAAGGACGAAAAUAAAAAAACAAAAAAGGCAAAAAUAUUGGGAAAAAAACGAGAAACUCCUACUCUCUCUCUAUACACUCUUAUUGCCGGUUCUUUGGAAAAAGGAAUCCUUUUUAUUUUUUCGACCACGGCCAACAACAUUCGGGGAGAUCUUUUUUCAUCCUUCGUCCUUUAUUCACCACCUCGCACUCUGUCGUCUUCCGCUAUACUUUUUUGCCCAUAUUUACACGCCCGCCGCGAGUGGUACGAAAAAUAAAAGAAAAGAAAAAAUAGUUGAAAAAAAAAAAUUAAUCAGAAAAAAAAAACAAGGAUAUAGAUACCUACAGUCGUUUGUUGGGUUGUCCUGGAUAAUUUUUUUUUUCGAGGUUUGUACGUAUUAUCCUGUCUUCGGGUUUUCGGGAAAGUGUCGCACGACGGCGAAAGUUUUUUUUCUCUCCGGUUUUUUGUUUUUUUUUUUCCACUCUCGUAUUGAGAGUGGGUGGUGUUGGUUGGGCCGACACGACGACGACGACAAAGACCCACCAUUUUAUUAGUACAAAGGACAUCAGCUGUAAAUGGGAGUUGAAUAAGGAUAUAAACGACAACCAACUACGUGGAGGUAGAAGAAGAGCACCAUUAUACGAGGAAAAUAAUACAACGACGACGGGAAAUUCCUUUGAACCUUUUUUGGUGAUUUUCCUUCGGACACAUCGUAAUUGUUAUUCAUCAUUAUGAAUUUCACACCAUUUGGGGGUCCAUUUCCCGGUACCAUACCUGGAAUACCACAAUUUACAUCAACAUCAGCUCCACUUGUUACAACUGUAACAACAAAUCAAGACACAUCCACUAAUCGUUAUCACAAUUCAACAUCAGCAGCUGCAGCAGCUGUCAAUAUGACACACUUCAAUCAACCCCUCCAAACGACAACAAGUACAAUUCCUACGGCCAAGUUCCGCACAGAAGAUGCCACAAAUACAGACAAGUACAACAAUGGUCACCUCGUGACAACAGGACUAACGCAACAGCAGUAUACAAAUCCUUAUAGCCAGCAAUCGGAAGGUGAUAAGCGUUUAGCUGUGCCAACUAUUUCAUAUGCUCAGAAUGCAUUAACUGCGACAACAGUUUCUGGUGUGGCAGGAGGUCAUAUACAGCAGGCACCACAAGAAUUGACGCAAGAUCUUUGCAAUGCAAUAUUACAACAGCAAAGUGUUGACUCCAAAAGAGGCGUUCUUCAAAAUACUACGUGGCAGAGUUUAACUCCUGGAACGACAGUAGCUGAUUAUUUAUCACAUCUACCUGCAAGUACUCUACCACUGUCGCUACAUCAUUUUCUAAAAUAUUCAGCCGAAACAAUUAAGAAAGAGAAUCAAAAUGUAGUACAAACAGCACCACCAAUUGGACUAAGCACAAUAACCAUACCUCAGCAUCAAGCUACCAAUCAGCUUGUGCCGCACCAGCAAGGACAACAACAGCAGCAACAACAACAACAACAACUAACAACGCAACAGCAUCCUCAGCAAGUCACCUCAGUCAAUGCAUCAACCUCAACGGCUACCACAACAGGCACAACUACCAAGAAGAAAAAACGUAAAAAACAUCCGAAAGAACGAAAACCCAAAUUGCGUCCAGGUGAAAUCCGUCUUACAACAGCCCUAGAUGGCAGCACACUCUACAUGUGUCCCGAAUGUCAAGUAGCUUAUCCCGAGCAAGAUCUUCUGGAAUUACAUCUCGUUGGUCACAAUCUCGAAAGAAGAUAUAUCUGCGAUAUUUGUAAUGCCGCUUUAAAGCGAAAAGAUCACCUAACGCGUCACAAACAAUCGCAUAAUCCUGAAAGACCUUUCAUUUGUACCGUUUGCCUGAAAGCUUUCAAGAGAAAGGAACAAUUGAGUUUGCAUUUUGUUAUUCAUUCGGGAGAGAAACGACACAUAUGCAUCGAAUGUGGUAAAGGAUUCUAUCGCAAGGAUCACCUACGAAAACAUACUAGAUCGCACAUAGCAAGACGAGUUAAGGCGGAGUUGAGUAUGCAAAAUCAAAAUGGCGGAACGAGUAUGUUGCAACCGAAUGUAACAAUACAGCAACAAGCGCAAGCAGCAAUGCAACAACAUCAACAACAGCAGCAACAACAACAGCAACAACAACAGCAGCAACAACAGCAACAGCAGCAACAACAAGCGCAGCAACAACAACAACAAAGCAAUCAACAACAACAACAAGUGGUGCAACAACAACAACAUCAAAUGCAUCAGCAACAACAAAUGCAACAACAACAACAACAUCUCAAUCAAACACAACAAAAUGUUGCCCAGCAACAUCAACAACAACAACCACAACAAAAUCAAAUGAUGAACUGAGGGUGCGAGAGGCAAAGCGGUCUUCAACCUGAUGCCACCCUUGCCUCUAUAAUCGAUGUAAGUAGAAUCCUAAAUGCCUCCAGGAAUUUUGUUGCUUAGUAUAAGUAAAGGAAUGGAAUGGAAACGGAAUGUAUAGUCUAAUUUUAUAUAAACAAAACCAAAAAAAAAAAAAAAAACAACCAAAAACUAAACAAUUCGAUGUAUAUGUAGUUUGUAUAUCCUUAUCAUAGUUCAAGGCUUUGUUUAUUUAUUUUUUUAUUUUUGUACGGUUCCGAGUUAGAAAACACUUUUUAAAAAAUUCAACCAAAUUUCAGUAUUUUGAGAUAGGUCCCGAAUCUUUAAACUCUAAAUCUACCUUAAUGAAGCUUUUUGAAGGCCUCGCAAUGUUACCGUUCCAAUUUUAUACAUAAAAUGUCUUUCUGAUCGAUAUCGGUAUUACAAGCUCUGUUCAUUUCCCAAAACAAUCACUAUCACAGAACAAUUUUUAAAUACAAAAAUGUCCCGACAGCUUGCUGAUAGUUCCGUAUCGUAUUCAAACAGAGCUAAUAGCCCAUAUGCGUCAAAACAGGGCGACUAAAAACAUUAUUAUCUGCUCCACAAAACACUCAUCAGUAUUUGGCAACAAUAAUCUAGUACUUUCAUAUACAAAUUCCAACUAACAAUUUUACUUUUAAAAAGCUUACAGAUGCUCUUUCAGCAAGAAAAUAAGAAAGUUUAAAAAGAUAUGCUUGUGAAGUAGCCAUUACAUGAUUAUGUUAGGUACAACUGUCGUUCUGUUCGAUUUUACAUUAUCUACUCGUGAUUAAAAAGCUAUGUAGAGUAAAACUAUGGUUAUUAUUAGAAGAAAUUGAGAAAUAGUGUACCAAAAUAAUGAAAUGUGCGACAAGUCAAAUAUCCAAAAAAUGUCAGUUUAAAAGCUAUUCCCAAAAAAUUGUCACGCUUCCCUUAAGCUGGUAAAACCAAGCAUCAUCUAACGUCAAUGUCACAUUUAAAAGUAAGUGAAGA